AUGAACGGAGUCUUUGCCAUCAACAAACCGUCAGGCGUGACGUCGCUGGACGUCGUCCAAACCGUCUCCCGAAUCUUCGAUAACCUGGCGGUUUUCGCCAACGACUUGAGCGAAGCCAGGAAGCUCAAACGAGAACAGUUGACCGCCGGCACGAGAUGGACCAAGCUGAAGAUUGAAAAUCGAGUGGCUCGGUUGAAAACAAAGGUUGGCCAUGGCGGGACGUUGGAUCCCAUGGCGCUGGGGGUGUUGAUAAUUGGCGUGGGGCUGGGAACGAAACAGUUGAAGUACUUCUUGGGGGAAUGCACCAAGACAUAUGAAGCUACGGCGAUGGUGGGCCAGAGCACGACUACGGGAGACUCAGAGGGUGAAGUGUUGACGAGAACGGAAACUGAGCAUGUUACGUUGGAGAAGUUGAAGCUGGCGGCUCGGAAGUUCACAGGCAAGGGGAAACAGACCCCUCCGUUGUUUUCGGCGCUUAAGGUGGAUGGAAUGGCCUUGUAUGAUUAUGCUAGACAGGGGAUUCCGCUUCCGAGAGCUAUUGAAGCUCGAGAAGCUACGGUUCAUGCGUUGGAGGUGCAUGAGUUCGGGGUGGACGACAAGUAUAAGCCUAUGAAGUUGGAGAGCGAUUCGGACGGGAAGACGUUGGCCAGCAUGCUUGCGUCGAAUUCCACGCUUAACGAUUCGGAAUUGAUUUAUUCAGAUGACUUUAUGGCCGAUGAGAGUGUGCCUGAGCUGGAAAAGGCCACUUUGGUGCACCCCAGAAUGCUAGCUGAAGAUGCUCCUCCAAGGCCCAGUUUGCCUGUUUUCACUGCCACGGCGACUGUGGGCUCAGGAACGUAUAUUCGGAGUUUGUUGAGCGAUAUUGGCCGUGCCGUGGAGUCGUCAGCACAUAUGGUUGCGUUGAAAAGAACCCAGCAGUCGGAUUGGAAGGCUGGCGUGAACACUUUUGAGUUGAGUGAUAUUACAGAGCGUGAUGAGAGGCUCUGGGGGCCUGUUUUGAAGAGGGCGUUUGAUAAUGGGGCGGAUAUUGUGGUGGAAGAGGAGUUUAAGAAGGCUGAAGAGAUGAUGGGGCCGUUGUUUGAGGCCGAGGCCAAAGCCGAAGCAGCAGCCGAAGCAGCAGCCGAAGCCGUUAAGGCUGAGGCUGAGGCGGAGGCGGAAACAAAAGGUGGGUCAUCAGCUGGAGCUGAGACAAAAGACGGAUCACCAGAUGAAGCCAGCCAGGCUGAGGUCAAAGAAGACGUUAAAGGUGAAACCAGCCAAGCCGAGGUUAAUGGAGAGAACGGCGCUGCUGAAGAUGAACACGCUGCCAAGAAGCAGAAAACCGAUUAG